AUGCCAGUGAAAGAGCCUAAGAAGCUUAGCCACUGCAGAGUUGAGUGUCUCCCCAACCAGAGGUCCCGGCACUUUGACACGGGAGUGCUUCCAGGGAGGAGUCCCCUUUCCCAGCUCCCCCUCCAGCUGGCGUCAACAGAGAUGCCAGUGGAUGACAAAGAAGCAGCCACUGCAGAGUUAGUGUCUCCCCAACCAGAGGUCCCCGAGUUCCACAAGGUUCUUCUGAACCAGAGCCAGAAAGAGCUUGAGAAAGACAACGAUGAAGAGGAGAUUUUUGAAAAGGAGCAGAAGCGUUUGGAUGACACUGCGGAGUUCCCUGAGCUACCCUCCAUAGUUGUGAGUUGUCUCCCUCCACAGCUCCAAGUCCCAACUACUGACAAACCAACUGUGACGGUCAACUUCCUCAAGGUUCUUCUGAACCAGAGCCAGAAAGAGCUUGAGAAAGACAACGAUGAAGAGGAGAUUUUUGAAAAGGAGCAGAAGUGUUUGGAUGACACUGCGGAGGCUGAUCAAACUAGCUCUGAGGCAGAGAAGCAGCCCCCUGUGCCAGCCCCAGAGCCCGAGGAGGCUCCCCCAGCCCGUUCCCAGGAGGAAACAGAGGAGACUUGGGAAGAAGAGGACAAGUUAGACCCCGAGGAGGUCAAGGCGGAUCAGAAGUACUGCUCCAAAGAAGAGCAAUGGAAGCCCCUAAACCCGGAAGAGAAGAAAAGGUACGAUCAAGAGUUCCCGCUGGGCUUUCAGUACACCUUUGCGAGCAUGCAGAAGCCCGAGGGCUUGCCCCAUAUCGACGACGUGGUGCUGGAGAAGGUGAACAAAAUGCCCCUGCGCCCCCUGGACUCCGUGCGCCUGAGCAGCAUGAACUGUGGACGAGGCUUCACGCCCUCCGUUGCCAAUCUAGGCCUACCAGCUCAGCCCAACCGUGGCUCGCCACCAGGGCCAGGGCAGCAACGUUCCCAGCAGAACUUGCGCAUGAAGGAGCCACGGAAGAUUAUUGCCACCGUGCCCCAGAAUGAGGACAUCAAGCUGAACAAGGCUGAGAAGGCGUGGAAACCCCCCAACAAGCGUCACACAGGAGCCGAGGAUCCUGAAAACAUAAAAACGCAGGCUGGCUCCCCCGGGUGUUAUAACAUCUCUCCUUGUUUUCCCCUCUGCCCCUUGCAAAAUCACUGGGUCCCCAGGAGAGGAGACCUGGGCCCCAAAACGAUAGACCAGAUCCACCAGGAAGCCGAGAUGGAGGAGCGCCAGGAGCACAUACAAGUGCAGCAGCUCAUGUCCAGACAGGACAAGAGGAGGGAGCCUCCGGGCCCAUCGUCCUCAGGAUACCUCCUGUCAGAAGCUUACACCAGCUGGGCGACUGCUCCAAGGAGGGUCAAGGAAAGGGAGACUGCCUGUUGCGCGACUGCCGGGAUGAAACACGUUUCCAUCGCCCAAAUGUCGGAGAGGCUUGACGGGUCGGACGGCAACCCCAUCACCAAGUGCAGCUUCAGCAAGGAGAUGGACGACCGGAGUCGGGAGUGUGAUCAGCAGGGGGUCCUCGAGAGCGUCCAGAAGGUGCCCAGCAUGACGGAGGAGCCAAACUGCAGCAGGGAGAUCGCAAAACGGGAGCCCGUGGCUCCAGAGGACCUUCCAAGGUUUUGUCCUAGCUGUUUCUGCAGUAAUCCUCGAAUAGAUCUGUACUUCCACCUGAUGAAGAAGCUCAUCAAGAAGGAGAGAAGGUCCUCGCUUAUCUGCUUCAGGCUGCAGAACGUGGUAGACUUCAGGCGGAUGGAAAAGAUCAUUAAGAAAAAGGAAAGGUCCUCGGGUACCCACUUCAUGCUCCUGGACGUGAUAGACCUCACGCGGACCUGCUCAGCAUGUUCUUCAAUGCCUUGUAUGACGAGGCCGUCAUUUCAGAGGAAGCCUUCUUCAAAUGGGAGUCGAGCAAAGACCCAGCUGAGCAGCAAGGGAAAGAGGUUGGGUUGAAGUCGGUCACCGCUUUCUACAUUUGGCUUUGGCAGGGCAAGGAUGAAUCAGACGACGACUGAGCACCAGCACCCCACGGCGCCACCCCGGAGCUUUGGACUCCCUUGGGAGAGGGGCCGCAAGGGGGAAGGGCAAGCAGGCCUGACCGCUGUCGUCCUCCCUCCCUCCCCUUUCUCCCAUUUAGGACUUUCUUCUCCUUCCUUUAAAUUUUUUGGGGGUUUGUUGUGUUUUGUUUUGAAGGCCUGUAUUGGUUUGUGUCUGACAAUAAUAAAUUGAUGCUGAAAGAG